CUGGUCCAUAGGUAUAAAACUGAGGGACUGUUGACAGUGUACAGGAACCUUUGUUGGCAGCCUGGCAGCAUCAUGGCGGCAGCCCGGAGCCCUUCAGGUCUUGGCAAGAAGCGGCCUCAGCUAGGGUGGACUGCUACGCGGCCUGUCCGCGGGCCCGGGGGCUCGUCCUUCCUGGAUUGUCCAGGGUGCGGGAAGUCGCUGCAUGCUGCAAGGUUGCCCUUUCACAAGCAAGAAUGCUCACAGUACGCAGAGCGGGAGCUGGGUCUAGCUGCAGCAGGCUUUGAGGGUCACCAAAACGGAGAAACUUUGAGAGUCUCUCCCGAAAAUCAAGGUGCUGCAGCAGCUGCAGAAACGGGAGGGGAUGGUCCAGAAAAGGAGCUCUCUACAGAAGAAGCUGGUGGGCGGUUACGGGAAGGUCAGACCGCAAAGCUGCAUAAUGCGUCAAUAGAGGGCCAAGAGGAAGUGAUGACCCGGGAGGAAGGAGAGGAAAACGCAAAAGGCAAUGCUGGCGCUGGUCCAGCCCCUCCAGGAGACGCCAGAGGUGGUUCCAAGGACAAUCGAGCCAUGACGCAGGUAGGGGAGUCUGAAAGGGAGGUCUUCGUCAGGGCAACGGAGCCAGGGGCGCAAUUGGAAGAGGAGAGGGUCGCGCAUGCGAGGGAGAGGGACGAGUGGCAGACGCAGAUGCUGGAGCGGGACAGCGAGGCGUCGGGGCUGGCGGCCUCACUGAUGCAAGCGAAGACAGAGCUGGCGGCGAAGAUUGUAGUGAUUCAAGUGCUGAAGCAGCAAGUAGAGGAGAGAGACCAGGAGCUAGCAGAGCUGCGGGCUUUCAAGCGGAAGGUGGAAGAGCACAGGACGGUCGAUGGUGGCAAUGUUGACGCUGUUGGGAGGGAUGCACUGCUAAAUUCUGGCCAAGACCAGGAUCUGGUGUCAAAGGUGGUCCCUGGGCACAAGAAUCUGGCGCCAGUUACACCAGAGAAGAAUGAGGAGGUCAUACCGCGUUCUCCCAGGAAAGUUCUGGAGGCCCCCGUCUUCUCUAGCCCAGAUGCUCCUGAAGCUGGUAGGGAGCACAACUUCGUCAGACCUGAUGUAGCAGCUGUAAACGCCGAAAAGGACGGGCAGGCCAUCAGGACAGUCACAGUUGGGGGUCUCCUGAAUGGGCAUGAACAAAUGAUUCUUGGUCAGGAAGAAGAAGCAGGCAUGGCAAGACCGUCCUCUCCUGUAAGCGUUAACCUGGAGCCAGUGUCUGAAACACAGGAGAGCGGGGCGGCAGCUGCUUGGCAGAGGGUGGGGGUGCUGCUGGCUGAGGCAGAAAGGGAGGAGGAAGUGAUUGUUGCUUGGGGGCCGAUCGAAGAAUGCGGUCAGCAUGCCCGGGGACAGGAGGGCGGCACUGCUGGGGCGAGGGAAGGAGUGCAGUCUGUGAGACGGGCGCUGUCAUUUGGAAAUGCAGAUACUGGCAACCAAGGGCAGACGGAUGCGCAUGGGGGAAAAGGUGAAAUGGAAGGAACUGAUGAUGAGGAGCCUGAGGCUGUUAUUCACACCAGGGGCAGGAAGAGGGGCAGAAACGUUGUGGAGGAUGACUCGGAUUUGGAGGGAGCCCCCGCAAAGCGGCUAGCACAGGAGAAGGAGGCGGCGGGGACCACCGUGAGAGAGGAGAUGUUUGCAUCAGAAGAGGAGAGCGAUGAUGACGAGACGCUGGGGCAAAGGCAGCAGCGGAAACUGAGAGAGCAGGUCAGUGAGGGGGAGGGGGGACAAAAUGAACACGAACACGGACGUUUGCGGAAAGUUGGGGGUUCAAAGCGGGUGGAGGAUGCACAGAAGCAGAACGGGGGGGAGUCAAUGCUGCAGAGGGCGCUCAGGAAACGAGCGGCUUUGCAGAGGGGGGACGCUGCGGAAGAAGAGCAUCAAGAAGCGGCACCAAGGAGAAGUCGACGAUUGCGGGGUAAGAGGAAGCGGGGAGCGGAGUCAGGAACGGAGUCAGACGGGAUUGAAGACAGUGAGGGGAGCGGCCUCCCAAGUCGGGACAGCAUUUCAGACGACAGGGUCGUAAGAGACGGGGACGGAAGCGACGUUGGGGGAUCCGAGUCAGAAAACGAAGAGGAGGGGGAAGAUGAAGGAGGAGGGGAAGGCGGGCCUGGGCCUAUGAUGGAGGACUCUGAGGAGGACGGAGGAGGUUUCUCCUUGAUGCGGGCGCUGGGGUUGAAGCCCCAGCGGGAGCACCCAGGGGACUGGGUAACCGAGGGGGACAUGACAGCGGCAAUGGGCAAGGAUGACGUGCUGUGCAUGAAGGGGCUGUGUGCCCUCUACCGGCGGCAAACCCGUGACGAACAGGCGCUGCGGCAAGCGCGUCACAAGAACAACGAGGGCUUCUCGCAGAUCGACGCUGAACGGGCUUCCCUUGUGGCCGCCUUUCUGACUGGCGAUGACCCGUCUGGACCUGUCGUGAGAAGUGCCGAGCAGCUGGAGAAGUAUGAGCGUGGGGGAGUGGAGAAGUGCAGAACCUGGUGUUUUAGAUACUCAAGGCAGCUGUUCGAGCUCGUCAUAGCCCACAACAACGGAGAAUUGGCCGAUAAGAGGGAUCCGCAUUUUCCUUGAAAUGUGGGGUCUUUAUGUGAAAGUGUUAAUACUCCAAACUCACGUACAAAGUUUCCGUUCCAUACGUGAAAUUCAUAUACAAAGUUGUUCGCGUUGC